AUGGUUCUGCUGAGUAGUCUUCCAAAGGAACUCUUGCAACUGGUCUUGUCAUUUACGGAUCAGCAAUCUCUUGGAAGGAUAUCCAUAGCAUCCAGACAAUGGAAUGCUCUCUCUGUUCCAAUCCUAUACAAACAACCCCUGUUUGAAGUGUGGGACCAGUUUGACUUGUUUGCUCGAGCAGUUCUAUCCAACAGGACAGUGACUGCUCAUUCAAGUAGGAUAUUGCCUAGACUGGGUCUGCUGGUUCAAGAGAUUGACCUGGUCAAUGUUCCACAUCGCUGGGAAAGGCUGAUGGUUGCCAGGGCAGAGUCAUUAGUACAGCAAUGGACUAACAUUAUCCACUUGGAUCUGGAGUUCUGCGCACGCAUUGGAAAUACCGUAGCUAUUGCAAUAUCAAACUCAUGUCCAAAACUUCAAACACUAUCUUUAUCCAAAUGUACAAAAAUCACUGACGAGGGCAUUGCAGCAAUCGCCAAGUGUAUUCACCUCAUAUCUCUAGAUGCAAGUUGUCUUCCCCGAGUAUCAGAUCUAUCCAUAGUGCAUAUAUGCACCCUACUAUUAAAUCUAGAAUUUUUGAACAUAGCUGCAACAAGAAUCACCGACAAAUCUGUUACAGUGGCAUUGAAAAAACUCGUCAAACUAUCGUAUCUGGAUGUAUCGUCGUGCUUUAAUAUUCACAACCCACAGCUAUUCGUGGAUACUGCUCCAGAAAGGAUAGAGGUAGUGAUCGAUAGUAUUGAUCCUGGAGAAACGGAAUGGCUGGAUGAUGAUUUGGAAUACGAUCAUGACUGGUUAGAGUAUGAUGAGGAAGUUUUUACCGAUUAA